UGUCAUAUUACGCUGAUGAAGGAUGCUUUCAACUUACAAUCUUCACUAUCAACUGGCUGUAAUGAGUUGGUACGAGUGAGGCGCGUGUUUUUAGAAUUUUCAGUUUCAUUCACGUCCUCUCCGCUCUGCAAAUACGGCAGCUGCAGGUGCACGGUGUUGCCGUCUACCAUCAGCUGUUCGUCCGAGGUUUUUCUUCUAAACACAACACCAACUAAUGCCUCAACGUUAGAGAAACAAACCUUUGAGCGCCAGCAAAGGCUUUUCGUGUCAGGCCUUCCACGAUACCUUUAUUUAGGCAGCCUGUGCAAUUUAUUAGUUGACCAGUUAAUGUUCCACGAGCGCUGCGCUCUUAUAUUCUCCCUGCACCACACGAAGGCUUUGUGUCGCUGGCUGAAUCGGACUUGGUGAAACACUCGACG